AUGAUGAUGUGGUUAUGGCGUUAUGAUUUUCCGGAAUUUUCCUUGGGUGGUGUCAAGAAGAUGGUGGGCUUUGCGAUAGUUUAUCGUUUCAGCGAGGGGAUUUUCGAGGAGUGCAGAGAAGAGUGGAACAGGAUCAAGAAAACACCGGGAAACGAAGUAGUAGCUUCGGAAUCGGGUAUGUCUCGUGUUACUGAUGAGAAUGUUUCUCUUCGAUUACUGACUGGUAUUGUUAGGAAAAUGAGACUACAUCACUUGAUGGAGUUGAGAGCUUCUAGUACCGACACUGUAUCAUAA